AAUUUGUUUUAAUUUUGAUGUAAAAGAUAUCCCUAGUACGUAAUAACCUAAUCUCAAUAAUUCAGAAUGUCGAAAACUGAUUACGAUUACCAGUUACGGAUAGUAUUGUCAGGUGAAACUGGGGUGGGUAAAACGUGUCUUCUGAACCAGCUAUGUAACAACGAGUUCAUCAUACCUCCACUAACAGUAGGGGUGGAUCAGCAGUACUACACCUUGCAGUUCCAGGGGAUGAAAAUAAAACUUCAGAUAAUUGAUACAGCUGGAAAUCAUCGUUUCAGAGGAAUAACUAAGACGUACUAUAAGGGUGUAGCAGCUGCAAUCAUAGUGUACGAUGUAACACAGAGGCAGACCUUCAGAGAGGUGGAGUCCUGGGUGCAGGACUGUUUGUUGCAAUGUGAACCUAAUACCACUCUCUUGUUGCUCGGCAACAAGUGCGAUAUUGCUGACAAGAGACAAGUCCCCACUGAAGAAGGUCAAGAAUUCGCAAAGAAACACAAAAUGAUAUUCUUCGAAACGAGCGCCCACAACCACAAAGACAUCAUAACGGUGAUUAACGUAAUAGUAGAACACGUUUACUGCACCCUGGUCACCGGUAAAACCCAACUGGGCCAGGUAACCGGGAUUAGAGACAAGUCCAUGGACCCGGGCAUCACGUUAGAACACGAGAUCGAGACAGAAGAUGUACAAUCUGAUUAGCAGUACCACCUGGACACCUUAUCUUAUUGUCUUCUAGAAUGAUCUCAUCAAGUUUUGUUGCGAUAUUGUGUAGCUCUGCGUGCACACAUGUGGUGUUUGCGUUUUCUCUGCUGUUUAACGUUGUAUUUGUGUGUGUGUGUUUCGGGAGUCACUUACACAGACAUGUCAUCUCGGUACGUGAUUCUAGGGUAGCUAGGUACUUACUUAUAAUUACUACACUGUCGUACACACUCACAUUAUUGUAAGAGUUCUAGCUCAUCUCCUCCCAUUAUUAUAUACAGUGUACCUAACCAGUGUACAUUGUUAUAUAAUACAACGCACCUAGUUGUGUGUAUACACUGUUGAUCAUACUACAUGUAUAUAAUAUGGGGUAUAAACUAUAAUAUUAAAACACCACUACACUAUCAUGUGUAAUGUGUAUUAUAAUACUGACCCCUAAGUGUACACUCCCCCUCUUCUUCUUGAUCGUGAUUGGCUGAUUUGUUAAUUAGUGAGGAGUUAUUAAUUAGCUACACGGUGGAAUGUGUAUCUGUUUACACGUGGCAAGACGUACGAGAGUUGAGGCACAUCUAGGUGUGCUCAGUAACUUGGUGUGUAUUGCACCUAAAGCUGGUGCGGUGGUGUGACGUGGGAGUACUUACAAUUGCUGUUUUAUUUAAUUAUGCUAAUAAUUUGUUAUAUCGUGAGGUGACAACUUGGAGAUAUGUAUGUUGCUCGUGAUUGAGACUUUGAGAGAGGGAGCAGCUGGUUAUCUCACGUGUUUGUAUGUUUUGUUAAUAGUUUAAUCACAAUAAUAGGGAAAAUAAUUUCUCUUGGAGAAUUUCUCUUUAGACUCUUAACUUGCGAACAAAUUGAAGCAGCAAACUUUAGGCUAGAAACUUUAUUGAAUUGAAAUAAUCAACAACGUCUUCUUCAGUUCUCAAAUUAUUUGUUAUAUAGUAGUGUUGAAAGUAUUAAUACUUUUUUUUUAAUACUUUCAACACUACUAUAUAACAAAUAAUUUGAG